CGGUAACCCUGUCGUCAAUAAUUGUCAGUAUAAAAUGUAAACAAAAUCAAUGAGCGUUUCGUUUAGAACUAUAUGUACGUCUUAUACAUACUACGCAAAUAAAAACAAUCUCAAUGCAGAAUCACGAUUCUGUCCAUCUUAGAAGUAUUAAAUAUUUAGUAUUACAGUUUGUUUAAAUCACAGUCCAAAAAUAAAAAUAUGUCUGAUCCUACAAUUCAAACGUUUUGCUGUCAUCAUACUGGAAAUAGGGCUGAUUUGGCUGUGAGAAUAAUGGAUGAAUUUAAUACAGAUUCCUAUAACAUAGUCUGCUUAGUUUCUUCUACGGUUGGAAUUUUAGGUGCAUUAUAUCAGAUUUUUCCAGAUCUAACUAAUCAAGGCGGAGGCUCAACUACAAAUCGUGGCCGUCAUAUCAUUAUGUGGUUAGCUGUGGCAGAUUUGUUUGCUUCAUCUGGUGUUUUGGUACGCUCAUCAUUAUGGUUAAGAUAUAAAAGUAUAAUGCCUAUGCCGGAUGAUGACGUCAGUGUCCUAUUUUGUAGUAUUAUAUCUGCUUGGACACAAUACUUCUACACAGCAACUUGGUUGUGGACUUUGUUUUACGCAAUAGACACUUGGCUCACUAUCAAAAGACGGGACUCCCACCCGAUUUUAUACCAUUCUUUUGCCUGGGUAUUGCCAGUAGCCACCACAGGCAUUGGUCUUUCAAUAUUAUACAUUCCAAAUGCUACGUGUCAUAACUUGCCAUCGGUUACCAGUGCUCUGUACAAAAUUCUACCAAACUACUGCGCUACAUAUGUGCCAAUCGGGAUUGUCAUGAUAGUAAAUCCUUGUAUGUACGUUCUUUCUAGUAGAAAUGUAGAAAUGGCAGUUGCGCUACCACACGCCCAGUUUACAAGCAAGGAAAGGCGAGUUGUGGAUGCAUUAAGACUGAAAUUUUUCUUUAUAAACAUGGUUUUUUACAUGUGCUGGUUACCAAAUCUUAUAAAUGGUUUAUUGUUAUGGACCAUGUGGUUUAAUAUGCCAGUAAAAGUUAUUAUUAGCAUUUGGUACAUAAUGGCCCUAAUGAAUCCUAUGCAAGCUUUACUUAAUGCUUUAGUUUAUAGGAAAUGGAAUUCAACAAGGUAUAGAUUUAUUACUACAUACACCAAGGAAGAUCAAAAAGAAUUUCAUUUUUAUGAUGAACAAUCACCUUUGUUAGGUUCAGAGCCUCCAAGACUGCAGCUAUCACCAACACCAACUGGCAUAAAUAAUUAUGCAACUUUGUAAUAACUUAUUUACCCGAUGUUAUAAUGUAUCCUUUGAAUGUACCUUUUUUAUUAAAUAUAUUAUUCUUAUAUACAAUUA